AGAGCAGCAGAAACCAACAAUGGCGCUCAGAACCAGGACAAGGAGGUUAUCCUUAGAUCUGAUACAGAAGGCAGUAUCGGACAUAUCGUCCGAAAUGGGUAUAUCCAAGUACAUGGAUCUAAGGGUCCCCUCUCAGUCCACCAUUAUCAGUAACGAUGUGAGAAGGGUAGAGUGCGAGUGUUGUGGCCUCUUUGAAGACUGCACUCGUGCCUACAUCCGGCAAGUCAGGGCCCGGUUCUGUGGCAGGUGGGUGUGUGGGCUGUGUUCAGAGGCUGUCAGAGAGGAGUCUCAGAGGAUCGGUACAGCACGGCAUAUUAUAUGGGAAGAAGCUCUACAUGCUCACAUGCAAAUCUGUCAAAGGUUCAACAAAUUCAUCAGAGUGAACCCUGCCAUGUCUCUUGCAGGUUCAAUGACUCAAAUUUUGAAGAAGAGCUCCAAGAGAAGGGAAGCUCUCAGUAAUGAGGGAAGUAACAAGAAAUCUGGUUCAAAUUAAUGAUAACGACAACUGAGAUGUUGCACCCAUAAAUGGUGCACGAAGGAGGAAAGAUGUAAGAAUGUUUGUUUAGAGGUGUUUUGGCCCUUUUCUUUCUUCUUUUAUUUUAUUUUAUUUUUUGCAGAUUAUUCAGGACUUAAUGCCGCAAAGGUGUUUUUUUAAUCCUUGAAUACUCUGUAAACUGACUUACUGACAGAGAAAAAGAAGGGGUCAGUAAUCCUUUUAUGUUG